AUGGUGCCUAAUGAGCCAAGUGGGACAAUCAUGACCUUCCACCCAACCAUGGAAGAACUGAAAGACUUCAACAAAUAUAUUGGUUACCUGGAAUCCCAAGGUGUCCACCGAGCUGGCCUGGCAAAGGUCAUUCCACAAGAAUGGAAAGCCAAACAGACCUACGAUGAUGUCAGUGACAUGGUGAUAGCCACUCCCCUCCAGCAGGUGGCGUCUGGGCGAGCAGGUGUGUUCAUUCAAUACCACAAAAAGAAGAGGGCCAUGACAGUGGGCGAGUAUCGCCUGUUGGCAAACAGUGGACAGUAUCAGACUCCACCACAUUUGGACUUUGAGGAUCUGGAGCGGAAAUACUGGAAAACGCGCCUGUACGACUCGCCCAUAUAUGGCGCUGACAUCAGUGGCUCCUUAUUUGAUGCCAACACUAAACAAUGGAACCUUGGCCACCUGGGAACCAUCCAGGACCUGCUGGAGCAGGAGUGUGGGGUUGUCAUCGAAGGCGUCAACACCCCCUACCUGUACUUUGGCAUGUGGAAGACCACCUUCGCUUGGCACACGGAGGACAUGGACCUUUACAGCAUCAACUACCUGCACCUCGGGGAGCCCAAAACGUGGUACGCGGUGCCCCCAGAGCACGGCCAGCGCCUGGAGCGCCUGGCCAGGGAGCUUUUCCCGGGCAGCUCUCGGGGCUGCGAGGCCUUCCUGCGGCACAAGGUGGCCCUCAUCUCGCCCACUGUCCUCAAGGAGAACGGGGUCCCGUUCAGUCGCAUCACUCAGGAGGCUGGAGAGUUCAUGGUGACCUUUCCCUAUGGCUACCACGCUGGCUUCAACCAUGGCUUCAACUGUGCGGAGGCCAUCAACUUUGCCACCCCGCGAUGGGUCGACUAUGGCAAAGUGGCCUCUCAGUGCAGCUGCGGGGAGGCCCGGGUGAGCUUUUCCAUGGACGUGUUCGUGCGCCUCCUGCAGCCCGAGCGCUAUGAGCUGUGGAAACGCGGAGAGGACCGGACUGUUGUGGACCACGUCGAGCCCAUGGCGCUGGGCAGCCAGGAGCUGAGCGCCUAG